GCUGCUUCCUUUUUUUAACUCCUGCACCAGUUGUUGGCCAAAAAUAAACACCAUUCCACAACCAUAUAUGUUCAACAGCCCAGUGGUGAUUCUGAGGCUGGUCAGGCUCCUCCAGUAUUGCUGUUAGUCCACUCUGCCAGAAUAUACGAUCCUCUUUCCUAGGAGCACGGCUCUGCAUGGGCUAUGCAUAUAACCCAGCUUAAUCGGGAAUGUCUGUUGCACCUAUUUUCUUUCCUGGACAAAAACAGUAGAAAGAGUUUAGCCCAGACAUGUCACAAAUUGCUAGAAGUGUUUCAGGAUCCUUUUCUGUGGCCUGUACUGAAUUUCCAUUCUCCUGUGGAACUAAAGAAGGAUAAUUUUCUCUUGGGACCAGCUUUAAGGUACCUGUCCAUCUGCUGGCAUUCAAGCAGAGUCAAGGUGUGUAACAUUGAGGACUGGAUGAAAAACACAUUCCAGAAAGACAUCUGUCGUAAGCAUGAAAAUGCUGUCAAUGAUUUUUUAAUACAAGUCUGCAACAGGUGCCCAAACUUGCUGUCCCUGACCCUUUCUGGAUGUGGCCAUGUCACAGAUGAUUACCUGUUGUUGCUUCUCAAGAGCUGCCCAAACCUCAAGAUACUGAAACUGGAAAACUGUGUGCGGAUCACUGACCGGACUCUGGAAGCUGUGACCCUCUAUGGGGGCUCUUUACAAACCCUCCAUGUGGAUUUCUGCCGGAACAUAACUCAGGCUGGUCUGGAGACAGUCCAGGAAAAAUGUCCUUCAGUAAUGCUGAAAGCAGAGAGAAGUGCAGACAUGAUUCCAGACAACGAACCAGGGGAAAAAUUGAUGCUUGAAAGAGCGGUGAGAAAACUGGUACUGUACUAAGAGGGACCGAUUCCAGAAAUUCAAUAUAUGUGAAGAGAGACUGACAUUUUGAGGUUCCACCUAGUUUGCAAUUAAGCCUAUCUAUAUGCAUAUUGGCUUUGUUUAUAAAAGAAUAUUUUAUAAAUUUCACAAAUACUCCUGUUUCACCUGGGUAAGGACUUUACCUUGAUGGUGAUGGUCUGGCACCACUGGUCCUUCAUACUGGAAAAUUCCCUGUGCUGGCACAAAGGAGAUGGUAAAUCCUGACUAGCUGAUGAUGACCCUGCUGAGAGUCUUGUGGGGAAGUCUGUGGUAUAUUUUGCUUGUCUAACAUGUAUGAUGAUGUAUCCAAAUCUCAGGGCCCAAGGGGAUGGAUAACAAACUUUUUAUUCCCAAGGAAAUAUCAUGCAUGUGCCUGUUCUCUCAGAGAAGGAUCAUGAAUUCUAAGUAGGUAACUAGCCUCUCUCUGUCACACGUUCACCUUUUCUGUUAAGGCAGAUCUCACUCCUGACAAAUGUCACUUACUGUACUUUACACGUGAUCUGUUAGUAUACUUUAUUUAAACCAUAAGUGCUAUGAAAAUGUGUGCAAACCAAGCUUUUAACAUUAUUUACAUAAUGUACACUGACAAUUUAUGCUUCAGUUUACAUCACUGUAAAUGUAAGUUUAACAUUAACACAAGCUUGUUUACACGACUGUCUGAGCUGAGAAGGCAGAGCUGAGAAGGCACUGAUUUACAAAAAGUGCCCAUAAACCCUCUUUUCGAAAGCCUUCUACAGCAACGAUAUAUUUGUCUAAAUCAGAGGAGGAUUUUAUACACCCAACCCCACCCAUGUGCAGUAAUACAACACAUGGAGGGCAGUGUGCAGCAAUCAGACUGUUACAGUAACACAUGUAGACCACAGUACUACCCUAUGUGGUUUUGCUGCCACAUAUUUGUAUUAUACUGAAAGAUUACACUGAAGUGGCCAACACUAUCUUUAUCUCUUGUCUAAAAUUGGCCUUAGACCAGAGGUUCUCAAACUGUGAUCUGCGAGCUCCAUGCAGGUGGUUCGCAGAUAGUUCCCUCUAAGACGUGCGCCUGGAUGGCCGCACACAAGAGAAUGAAGGGCCACCCACCUAAUUCGUGGAGCCACGCAGGUGUGGCUCCACUAAUUAGGUGCCUGGACCCUGGA